GUUCCGGGGCCGCCGCCGCAGCCGCCGCCGAGCCCAGCCGAGCCGCGCGCCCCUCGGGCUCUCACUCCGCUCCCGCUCCUCUCGCGCUCUGCUCCGCCUCCACCCUGGCGGCGCGACUAUGUCCCGGGCGCGGCCCCCGGCAGCCGCGCGCCGCUAGUCCCGCGCCCGCCGCGCAGCCCGGGCCCGGGGAGAUGGGGGCCGCCGCCGGCCGGAGCGCCCACCUGGGGCCCGCGCCCGCCGGCCGCCCGCCGCGUUCCCUGAUCUUGCUGCAGCUGCUGCUGCUCGUCUGCGCCCCGGGGGCCGCGAGGGCCCAGGGCCCCGAGUUUCCCGAGCUGUGCAGUUACACAUGGGAAGCUGUUGAUACCAAAAACCACAUGCUUUACACAAUCAGUGUCUGUGGAAACGUGAGCAUUGCCCAGUGUGGGACAUCCAGUGCUGUUUGUAUGCACAACCUGAAGACAAACAGCUAUCUUUCCGUGGGUGACUCUCUUUUGAAAAGCUCAACCAGAACACUUCUGGAAUUCAACACAACAGUGGCCUGUGAUGUGAAGCCGAGCCCGAAUCACAAAGUCCAGAGUAGUAUCACCUUCCUGUGUGGGAAAACCUUGGGAACUCCUGAAUUUGUAACUGCAGCAGACUGUGUGCACUACUUUGAGUGGAGGACCACAGCAGCCUGCAAGAAGAACACGUUUAAAGCUAAUAAAGAGGUGCCGUGCUAUGCAUUCGAUGGAGAGUUCAAGAAACAUGAUUUAAACCCACUCAUCAAGAUCAGCGGUGCUUACUUGGUGGAUGACUCAGACCCGGAGUCUUCUCUGUUCAUCAACGUUUGUAGAGACAUAGACUCACUGCGGGACUCAAGUCCGCAGCUGCGUGCCUGUCCCGCAGGCACCGCCGCCUGCCUGGUGCGAGGGGGCCAGGCCUUCGACGUCGGCCAGCCCAAGGAGGGGCUGAAGUUGGUGAGCAAGGACAGGCUUGUCCUGACUUACGUUAAAGAAGAGGCGGGGAAGCUGGACUUCUGUGACGGUCACAGCCCGGCGGUGACCAUUACAUUUGUCUGCCCGUCAGAGCGCAGGGAGGGCACUAUUCCCAAGCUCACGGCUAAAUCCAACUGCCGCUACGAGGUUGAGUGGGUCACUGAGUACGCCUGCCACAGGGACUAUUUGGAGAGCAGCAACUGCUUCCUGAGCAGCGAGCAGCACGACAUCGCCAUCGACCUCCAGCCACUCAGGCAGGACCCGGGUCAUUACUAUUCUGCAGAUGGAAAGGAAUAUAUGUUUUAUUUGAAUAUCUGUGGAGAAAUUGAAGCAGACUCAAAGGUCUGCAAUGGGAAACAGGCUGUGGUUUGCCAAGCGAAAAAGCCUGAUUUUGCUCAAGUCAAAGUGGCAGGAAAAUUCCAGAACCAAACUCUUCGGUACUCCGACGGGGACCUCACCUUGAUCUAUGUCGGAGGGGACGAGUGCAGCUCAGGCUUCCAGCGCGUGAGCGUCAUCAACUUCGAGUGCAACGAGACUGCGGGUAACGGCGGGAGAGGAGCUCCUGUGUUCACCGGGGAGGUAGACUGCACCUACUUUUUCACGUGGGACACGAAGUAUGCCUGUGUCAAAGAGAAGGAGGACCUCCUGUGCAGCGUCACCGACGGCAAGAAGCGGUACGACCUGUCUGCCCUGGCCCGGCACUCAGAACCAGAACAGAAUUGGGAAGCCGUGGAUGGCAGCCAGAAGGGAACAGAGAAGAAGCAUUUCUUCAUUAACAUCUGCCACAGGCUGCUGCAGGAUGGCAAGGCCAGGGGCUGCGCCGAGGACGCGGCCGCGUGCUCCGUGGUUAAAAAUGAAAUUAAAAAUCUGGGCAAAUUUACUUCCUCUCCCACAAAACAGAAAGGGAACAUUCAACUCUCUUAUUCAGAUGGCGAUGUUUGUGGUGAUAACAAGAAAAUACAAACUAAUAUAACACUUAUAUGCAAGCCAGGUGACCUAGAAAGUGCCCCGGUGCUGAGAGCCUCUGGGGAGGACGGCUGCUCCUACGAGUUUGAGUGGCACACGGCCGCCGCCUGCGUGCUGUCCCGGACCGAGGGUGACAACUGCACCGUCUUCGACGCCCAGGCAGGGUUUUCCUUUGACUUGUCACCUCUCACAAAGAAAGAUGGCUACAAGGUUGAGACCGAGAAGUACGACUUCUACAUAAACGUUUGCGCCGCCCUGUCUGCGGGACCCUGUCCUGCAGGCUCUGGGGCCUGCCAGAUAUCAAAAAGUGAUAACAAGGCUUGGAACUUGGGACAGAGCAAUGCUAAGCUUUCCUAUUACGAUGGGAUGAUCCAGCUGAACUACAAAGACGGCACACCCUAUAAUAACGACAAGCACACGCCGAGAGCGACGCUGAUCACCUUUCUUUGUGACCGAGACGCUGGAGUGGGCGUCCCAGAAUACCAGGAGGAAGAGAACUCCGCCUACAACUUCCGGUGGUACACCAGCUACGCCUGCCCCGAGGAGCCCCUGGAGUGCGUGGUGACCGACCCCUCCUCGAUGGAGCAGUACGACCUCUCCAGGCUCGCGAAAUCUGAAGGCGGCCGUGAAGGAAACUGGUAUGCCUUGGACAACGCGGGAGAGCACAGUAUGUGGAGGAAAUACUACAUAAACGUGUGCCGGCCUCUGAACCCCGUGCCAGGCUGCGACCGCUACGCGUCCGCGUGCCAGAUGAAGUACGAAAACAAUCAGGGCUCGUUUUCGGAGGCUGUCUCCAUCAGCAACUUGGGUGUGGCCAAGACAGGCCCCUCGGUGGAGGAGAGCGGCAGCCUCCUGCUGGAGUACGUGAACGGUUCGGCCUGCACCACCAGCGACGGGAGGCAGACCACCUACACCACCCGGAUCCACCUCAUCUGCUCCCGGGGCAGCCUGAAUACCCACCCGAUAUUCUCUCUCGUUUGGGAGUGCGUGGUCACAUUCCUGUGGAACACGGAGGCUGCCUGUCCCAUCCAGAUAACGACAGACACGGACCAGGCCUGCUCCAUCAGGGACCCCAACAGCGGGUACGUGUUCGACCUGAAUCCGCUGAACAGCUCCCAAGGCUACGUGGUCUCUGGCAUCGGGAAGACGUUCUUGUUCAACGUGUGCGGCACGAUGUCGGUCUGUGGGACGCUGAAGGGAACGCCAGCUUCCGGCUGCGAGGCGCCCACCCAGCCGGCGGACCUCAAGGACCUGAAGCCGGAGCGGCUGGUUGGGCUCGAGAAGAGCCUCCAGCUGUCCACCGAGGGCCUUAUCACUCUCACCUACGAAGGGCUCCACUCGGAAGGCAAAGGGACCGGUGAUGCUUUCAUCAUCCGCUUUGUUUGCAAUGAUGACGUUUACCCAGGAAUCCCCAGAUUCCUGCAUCAGGACAUCGACUCUGGCCGGGGGAUCCGCAACACGUUCUUUGAGUUUGAGACGGCCCUGGCCUGCGUGCCUUCUCCGGUGGAUUGCCAGGUUACGGACCCGGCAGGAAACGAGUAUGACCUGAGUGGCCUAAGCAAAGUCAGGAAGCCUUGGAUCGCUGUGGACACGUCGGUGGAUGGGAAGAAGAGGACUUUCUACCUGAGCGUGUGCACUCCCCUCCCGUAUAUCCCUGGGUGCCACGGCAGUGCAGUGGGGUCCUGUCUGGUGUCAGAAGACAACAGCUGGAACCUGGGCGUGGUGCAGAUCAGCCCGCAGGCUGCAGCCAACGGGUCCCUGAGCAUCGUCUACGUCAACGGGGACAAGUGCGGGAACCAGCGCUUCUCCACCAGGAUAACGCUCGAGUGUGCGCAGACCUCGGGCUCGCCGACGUUUCAGCUUAAGGAUGACUGUGAGUACACGUUCGUCUGGAGGACGGUGGAGGCCUGCCCCGUGGUCAGAGCGGAAGGAGACAACUGCGAGGUGAGAGACCCGAGGCAUGGCCACGUGUAUGACCUGAAGCCGCUGGCCGUGAAUGACACCGUCGUCAGCGCUGGGGAGUACACCUACUACUUCCGGGUCUGCGGGAAGCUCUCCUCGAACGUCUGCUCGACCAGCGACAAGUCCAAGGUGAUCUCGUCGUGCCAGGAAAAGCGGGGGCCGCUGGGAUUCCACAAAGUGGCAGGUCUCCUCACUCAGAAGCUGACUUAUGAGAAUGGGCUGUUGAAAAUGAACUACAGUGGAGGAGACACCUGCCAUAAGGUGUACCAGCGCUCGACAACCAUUUUUUUCUACUGCGACCGCAGCACCCAGAAGCCCGUGUUCCUCAAGGAGACGUCCGACUGCUCCUACUUGUUCGAGUGGCGAACGCAGUACGCCUGCCCACCUUUCGACCUGACCGAAUGCUCUUUCAAGGACGCGGCCGGCAACAGUUACGACCUCUCAUCCCUGUCACGGUACAGCGACAACUGGGAGGCAGUCACCAGCACAGGGGCCACCGAGCACUACCUCAUCAACGUGUGCAAGUCUCUGGCCCCGCAGCCGGGCUCGGAGCCGUGCCCCCCGGAAGCGGCCGCGUGUCUGCUGGAUGGCUCGAAGCCCGUGAACCUGGGCAGGGUGCGGGAUGGGCCUCAGUGGACAGAGGGCGUCACUGUGCUGAAGUAUGUCGACGGCGACGUGUGUCCGGACCAGAUUAGGAAGAAGUCAACCACCAUCCGCUUCACCUGCAGCGAGAGCCAAGUCAACUCCCGGCCCAUGCUCAUCAGCGUGGUGGAGGACUGCGAGUACACCUUCGCCUGGCCCACUGCAGCCGCCUGUCCUGUGAGGAGCAGCGUGCACGGGGACUGCCAAGUCACCAACCCUGCCACAGGACACCUGUUUGAUCUGAACUCUCUGAGUGGCAGAGCUGGACACACGGCUGCUUACAGCGAGAAGGGGCUUGUCUACAUCAGCAUCUGUGGGGAGAACGAGAACUGCCCGCCUGGCGUGGGCGCCUGCUUCGGGCAGACCAGGAUCAGUGUGGGCAGGGCGAGCAAGAGGCUCACCUACAUGGACCAGGUCUUGCAGCUGGUGUACGAGGACGGGUCUCUUUGUCCUUCGAAGUCUGGCCUGAGGUACAAGAGUGUCAUCAGCUUCGUGUGCAGGCCCGAGGCCGGGCCCACCAACAGGCCCAUGCUCAUCUCCCUGGACAAGCAGACGUGCACGCUCUUCUUCUCCUGGCACACGCCUCUGGCCUGCGAGCAGGUGGCGGAGUGCUCCGUGAAGAACGGGAGCACCAUCAUCGACUUGUCUCCCCUCAUCCACCGCACUGGGGGCUACGAGGCGUACGACGAGAGUGAGGACGAUUCCACCGACACCAGCCCGGACUUCUACAUCAACAUCUGCCAGCCGCUGAAUCCCAUGCACGGGGUGCCUUGUCCCGCUGGGGCCGCUGUGUGCAAGGUGCCCGUGGAUGGACCCCCCAUAGAUAUUGGCCGGGUCGCAGGACCACCAAUCCUCAACCCUGUGGCUAAUGAAGUUUACUUGAAUUUUGAAAGCAGCACCCCUUGCCUAGCGGACAGGCACUUCAACUACACCUCGCUGAUCGCCUUCCAUUGCAAGAGGGGCGUGAGCAUGGGGACGCCCGAGCUGCUCAGGACCAGCGACUGUGACUUCGUGUUUGAGUGGGCGACCCCGCUCGUCUGCCCAGACGAGGUGAAGACCGACGGCUGCUCCCUGAUGGACGAGCAGCUGUACUACAGCUUCAACCUGUCCAGCCUUUCCAAGAGCACCUUCAAGGUGACUCGAGACUCACGCACCUACAGCGUGGGGGUGUGCACGGCGGCGGCAGGCCUGGACGAGGGGGGCUGUAAGGACGGAGGCGUCUGUCUGCUCUCCGGGAGCAAGGGGGUGUCUUUCGGACGGCUGGCGUCUAUGAGACUGGAUUAUAGGCACCAGGAUGAAGCCGUCAUUUUAAGUUACGCCAAUGGAGACAGCUGCCCUCCAGAAACGGAGGAAGGCGACCCCUGUGUGUUCCCCUUCACCUUCAAGGGAAAGAGCUACGACCAGUGUGUCCUGGAGAACAGGGUGAGGCUCUGGUGCGCCACCACUGCCAACUACGACCGGGACCACGAGUGGGGCUUUUGCAGACAGUCAAACAGCCACCGCAUGUCGGCCAUCAUCUUCAAGUGCGACGAGGACGCUGACAUCGGCAGGCCCCAGGUCUUCAGUGAGACGCGCGGGUGUGAGGUGACAUUCGAGUGGAAGACGAAAGUGGUCUGCCCCCCGAAGAAGAUGGAGUGCAAGUUCGUCCAGAAGCACAGGACCUACGACUUGCGGCUGCUGUCCUCUCUCACCGGGUCCUGGUUCUUUGUCCACCAAGGAGCCUCGUACUACAUCAACCUGUGCCAGAAAGUACAUAAGGGGCCUCUGGACUGCUCGGACAGAGCCAGCAUUUGCAGAAAGACCACGUCUGGGGAGGUGCAGGUGCUGGGGCUGGUUCACACGCAGAAGCUGGACGUCGUGGAUGACAAAGUCAUUGUAACGUAUUCAAAAGGUGAUCCGUGUGGUAAAAACAAGACCAUGUCCAGCGUCAUAGAGCUGACCUGCGCCCAGACGGUGGGCAGGCCUGCCUUCAAGAGGUUUGACAGGGACAGCUGCACUUACUACUUCAGCUGGGACUCACGGGCUGCCUGUGCCGUGAAGCCGCAGGAGGUGCGGAUGGUGAACGGGACCGUCACCAAUCCUGUCAACGGCAAGAGCGCCAACCUCAGAGACAUUUAUUUUAAGCUAUUCAGUGCCUCUGGGGACAUAAGGACAAAUGGGGACAAGUACCUGUACGAGAUCCAGCUUUCUUCCAUCACAAACUCCCAAAACCCAGCCUGCUCCGGGGCCAACAUAUGCCAGGUCAAAAUGAACGACCAGCACUUCAGUAGGAAAGUCGGAACUUCCAAUAAAACCAAGUACUACAUUCAAGAUGGUGACCUAGAUGUGGUGUUCACCUCAUCCUCUAAGUGUGGAAAAGACAAGACCAAAACCGUUUCUUCCACCAUCUUCUUCCACUGUGAUCCUUUGGUGAAGGAGGGGAUCCCCGAGUUCAGCCACGAGACGGCUGACUGCCAGUACCUCUUCUCCUGGUACACCUCUGCCGUGUGUCCCCUGGGGGCGGGCUACGACAGCGAGGACGCUGGUGAGGACACGCAGGAGCACAAGGGGCUCUCGGAGCGGAGCCAGGCCGUCGGGGCCGUCCUCAGCCUGCUGCUGGUGGCCCUCACGGGCUGCCUGCUGACCCUGCUGCUCUACAAAAAGGAGAGACGGGAGGUGGUGAUGAGUAAACUAACCGGCUGCUGUAGACGGAGUGCAGACGUGUCCUACAAAUACUCGAAGGUCAACAAGGAGGAGGAGGUGGAUGAGAACGAAACGGAGUGGCUGAUGGAAGAGGUCCAGGCGCCGACCCCGAGGCCCGGGAAGGAGGGGCAGGAGAACGGCCACAUCACCACCAAGUCCGUGAAAGCCGAGGCCCUCACCUCCCUGCACGGGGACGACCAGGACAGCGAGGACGAGGUCCUCACCAUCCCAGAGGUGCGCGUUCACUCGGGCCGAGGGGCCGGGGCGGAGAGCGCCCACCCGGCGAGAACCCCGCAGAGGAAGACGCUCCGGGACGACAGGGCAGGGCUGGUGGGCGGCGAGCAGGCGCGGAGGGCGCCCCCCAGGGCCGCGGCGGCCCCGCCGCCCGGGAGCCCCAGCGGCCUGGCUUCCUUCCACGACGACAGCGACGAGGACCUCUUGAACAUCUGAGCUCCGGUGCCUCCCAGGGGACUGGGGUGGCGGCCCAGCCAGGCACCUCCAACCAAAUAAGACUUCACCUUGAUGAUGCUUCUGUCCUGUUUGCCUUUAACAAAAACUGUUUCAAAAGGGAAGGAUUUUUGUGAUGGGGGAGAGGGUGAGGAGGUCCGGCACCGCUCACCCGUGGUUGACCGUGUCACGGAACGAGGCAUCACUCCAGUUGCCAAAGGGCGGUGCUGGGGCCCCGGGUUUUGUCCCAAGUCCUCAUUUGAAAGCGUGGCUGCCGUGCGCUUCAUAACCCGCGCCCGGGCCAAGUGCAUCUGGGGACAGAGGGCUCUCUAUCGGAGAAAAACCCUUGCUGCUUUAGGCCCUGUAGGGUAUUUGGCCAUUAUAUUUUAGCAUUUACUUCUCUCCUCCUAUUUAUUGACUUUGACAAUUACUCAGGUUUGUGAAAAAGGAAAAAAAAAAAAAACAUAA